CUCUCCUGCUCUUCUUUUGCUGCUAAGAAAAUGUCAAUCCGGCAUGGCUGCCAUGCUUGUCUCCAUUGAGAGAUAACAAGAACUCAAUAGGGCAUUUAUAUACAGAUUGCUCUAGUUCUAUGGAUUCCAGCUGGGACCUCUGAUUUUCAUGGUUUAUUUUUUUAAGGGAUUCAAAUGGCUAGAGCUGGUGAGAAUUCCAGAGGCUUUAUGAGAUCAACUUGUUCUCAAGGCCUUCCAUUGGAUGGUUUGAAGAAUGGAUCCGAGAUGGGAAUUAAUACUAACCGGAGGGCUUUGAGAGAUAUCAACAGGGGCAUAGUUGGUGCUCCUCCAUAUCCUUGUGGGAUUAACAAGAGUAAGGUUUCGAAUCUACAACAUGGUGUUGUAGCUAGGAGGCCAAUGACAAGGAAGUUUGCUGCUUCUUUAGCAACUAAAUCACAAACUUGUCACCAGGAGACUAAUGUAAGACUUCCGCCCAUCGGUAAUGAGAGACGCAAGCCAGCAAUCCCUUCAGUCCCAAAUUCACAUGUUUUCGAUGCAUCUAAUGAUAUAGAUGUAGAUGACUUUAGAUCAGCUGAUGAUAUGCCAUUGCCAAUGGUGGAUGAGAUGGAAGAUGUGACUAACUGUGAGUUAAAAGAGGUUGAAAUGGAAGAUCUAGAAGAAGAUGAAUAUAUUCCCAACAUCAAUUCAUUUGACUCUAAGAAUCCUCUUGCAGUUGUGGAUUAUGUUGAUGAUAUUUAUACCUUCUAUAGGCGAACUGAGGAUUUAAGUUGUGUUUGUCCAAAUUACAUGUCCAACCAGUUUGAUAUAAAUGAAAGGAUGAGAGCUAUCCUGAUAGAUUGGCUGAUAGAAGUCCACUAUAAAUUUGAGCUCAUGGAUGAGACUUUGUAUCUGACUGUGAACAUAAUAGACCGGUUCUUAGCCCGGCAAACCGUGGUUAGGAAGAAGCUUCAGUUGGUUGGAGUUACAGCCAUGCUUCUUGCAUGCAAAUACGAGGAAAUAUCAGUUCCUAUUGUGGAGGACUUUAUCAUGAUCUCUGAUAGGGCUUAUACUAGAUCAGAAGUUCUCGAAAUGGAGAAAUUAAUUGUUAGCACUUUGCAAUUCAAUAUGUCUGUACCAACCCCAUAUCCUUUCAUGAGGAGGUUCCUGAAAGCAGCAGAGUUUGAUAAGAAGCUGGAGCUCCUUUCCUUUUUCAUCAUAGAGCUAUGUCUUGUCGAGUAUCAAAUGCUUAAGUUUCGUCCUUCGCUCUUGGCUGCUGCUGCCAUUUAUACAGCUCAGUGUACUCUCAGAGGAUUCAGACAUUGGACCAGGACUAGUGAGCUGCAUGCUAAUUACGCAGAGGAGCAACUGAUAGAGUGUUCGAGACUAAUGGUGGAUUUUCAUCAGAAAGCAGGAGUUGGAAAGCUCACAGGGGUACACAGAAAAUACAGCACACUAAAGUUUGGUUGCACAGCAAAAUCUGAUCCUGCUCUCUUUCUACUGGAAAACUAGGCACUCAUUUGGUGUAUUUUGACAUCUUAUACUAAUUUGAUUUUCUUGACGUCUCAUCAAAGCCAUGCUGCAACUGAAGUUGAGGUAGAGUUGCUGUGGAUAAUCCUUGGUUUGUUCCAUAUGACAAUUUGCCGUUUGAUUAAAUCACUUAAACUACCAUUUCCAAGAGAACUGUUAGUCAAUAAAUUUGCCUUUCGUUGGUAUCUUUUACUGAGUUGUGUUAGUUCUCUUUUUAAGUCCUCAAUUUCUAUGUCAAAAAUUUUUCAAAGCCCAUGUUUCCCAGUUGGUGAAUGAGAUUUCAGACUUUUUUUCUUUUUUGUUUUGGGCAGAAUCUGCUGCUAUUUCUGCAGAUUUAUUGAAAGAGACCUGCUCAUUUGACUUGGUGAAUCUUUUCAAUUAGAAUGCACAUUAUCAUCAAUUGUCAUUAAUGUGUUCAUUUGGGUGCAUGUUAUUAUUCUUUGAGACUUUUGAGUUUGUAAUUGAAAGGUGUAGGCUGCAUUAAAUUCAUGGAGUCAUUCAUUUUA